CUGAUCACUCUUCUGGUCUUCGUAAGUUUUGACAAAACUCCUCACAUCUACUUAGCAACUAUCGGCUCUCUAGGUGCUCUGCACAGCUCUGUGCUCCACGCUGAACUCCACAAGUUAUUUGACCUUUUUUGAUCUCUAGAAAACAGGUAAAGGAACAUUUGUGUAAGAGUUCAUCAUGUGUACGGGAAAAUGUGCUAAAUGCACCGGCGAUCUUCUGUUUCCACUUGGGCUUUUAGCCAUCGUUGCCAACAUCUUACUGUUCUUUCCCAACGGUGAGGUGUGGAGGACCGAGGAAAUCACAGAAAAUAUCUGGUACUUUCCUGGGGUCAUCGGAGGAGGAAUAUUGGUGUUUCUGCCUGCUUCAGUGAUACGAGCAGCAGGGAUGGAGAGGAGCUGCUGUGCAAACAGAUGGGGGAUGAUGCUGUCUGUGGUGAUGUCUGUAUUGGGUGCAGCUGGAGCGCUUUACUGUAUGAUCGUUUCCGCCGUUGGCUUGCAGGAUGGUCCUCUGUGUGAUAAAGGAGACGGGAACUUUAUCUACCCCUUCUUAAACUGGACUGCAGAUGAGAGUUACCUGUUUAAUCAGACGUUAUGGAACGAAUGUAAGAGACCGCAGAAUGUGGUGAUGUGGAACGUGGUUCUGUUUUCAAUUCUGCUAAGCAUCGGUACUGUGGAGGCUGUGCUGUUACUGGCACAGGUAGUUAACGGACUAAUCGGAUGUCUGUGUGGAACAUGCAUGAACAAGAAUCAGCAUGCACCGAUGGAAUGAACAGCAACCGGCACACUCCAGUAUGUGGGAUCUGCUCAAUAAUCGAAGCUGCCCACUCCUUGCCAAUAAAAUGAACACAUUGAUAUCCUCACAGAAUCAGAAAUGUUUGAAAUCUACCAAAGUUUCACAAUAUUCAAAUGAUUAACAUCAUUUAGAGUUUUUGUAAAUUAUGUAAAAAAAAAUGUUCUUCUAUAAGUGCAACUUUGUUAGAUAAUGAAACUACAGAAGAUCAAAAUAACUUUCAAAAUUUCUACGUUUUUGCCACUGAAUGACUAAGUUUUUUUAUUUCUGAUAGCUUUAAUUUGAAAUGUAUCAAAAUAUUGCCUCAAAUAUUUUAAUUUGGACAUUUGUGUUGAAGCAUGACUUUUAAAAUGUUUUGCUCUUAUUUCAAAUAAAAGUGUUUUGCUGUUUCUGUAAUUUGUUCAGAAUCAAAUGAUGUGUACAAUUGUUCUGUUUUUAUUACAGUAUAUUCUGUUAUUGACAUAAGAACCAAUUAAUCUGUAAAUACAUGUUAUGCAGGACAUUUUUCAAGCUGCUUAUACAUGAUAACUAUUUAUUUGAUACCCAAGUAGUUUUGAAAAUAAAAUAUUUAUAGUUAAUAUUAAAAGUUUAUAGAUUUUAAGGUGCACUCAAUAACUUUUGUCUUUCUGUCAUCUUGGACUUGUCAUUGUAGAAAUGUAGUAUUCACAGUCAGUCAUGAUUACUUUAAUCAAUGAGUGAAAGUGUCCAAUAACAGGACGGUUACUGAGACUGAGUGAGUAGUGUUCACUGGUCAUGUGAUCUAACAUGUGUGGACCCUC